GCCUUCCAUUUCUUCACACACCCCACCGCAAGCCUCGCGGAGCACCUAGCCAUCCCCUCGGCCUCUAUAAAUACCGGCGCCGAAGAACCAACCAAGAUCACCGACGGACGCAUAGCUAGCAUUCCAAUCCCUUUUCUUGAGAAAAAAAAGACAAGUCACCACCAUGUCUGGCAUCAUCCACAAGAUCGAGGAGACGCUCCACAUGGGGGGCGACCACAAGAAGGACGACGAGCACAAGAAGGAGGAGCACAAGAAGGCCGAGGAGCACCACAAGAAGGACGGGGAGCACAAGGAGGGCAUCGUGGAGAAGAUCAAGGACAAGAUCACCGGCGAGCACGGCGAGAAGUCCGGCGAGCACAAGGACAAGGACCACAAGGAGAAGAAGGACAAGAAGAAGAAGAAGGAGAAGAAGCACGGCGAGGGCCACGACCAUGACGGCCACAGCAGCAGCAGCAGCGACAGCGACUGAUCUCCCCCCUCGCCGCCUAGCUACGCCGUGCGCUUCCAUACGCAGAUGCAGGUGGAACAGAUGCCUGGAGUAGGAUACAUACCAGUUGCUGAUGUAAUGUUUCACGGGUGUCAUGCAUAUGUAUGUGCUACAUAAUCAAGGGUGAAAAACGAUGAAAAAAGAAAUAACAGAGAGUCAGAGAUAGCAUGUAUGGUUUGUUUGCCAUGUGAUGUGUACUACUAAAAUUAUGGCUGCACGGUGCUAGCUUGCAAUAAAAUGUUAAUGCAGAAAUUGAUCGGUCUGCUAUGCUUGCUUUAA